AAGCACGUGACCAGCAGUAAGCCAGCUCCCCAGGGGCACCCCAAGGUGGCCAGGCCAGAGCAGCCACAGGCAGCCGAGGGGCCAGCGCAGGCUGCUGCUAUGGGGUCUGAGCUGGCACUAGUCCCCGCUUUGGACAUGGAAGGCUGCGGGGCAGGGGGCCUCCUGCCGGGCAUGGGCCCCCAGCUGCUGAAGCUCCACGAAGUCCAGCUGUGCCUGGCCCAGGAGCAGCUGCUGCUGGAAGACCGGCGGCGGCAGGCCCAGCUGCAGAUGCAGCUGUGGCAGGAGGAGCAGCUGUUGCUUCAGCAGCUGCAGAAGGAGCAGGCCUGGGUGCGCGUGGAGGGGCUGGAGCUGGCCAUGGCCCUGGAGCAACUCCGCAGCGAGGGCCUUGAGGUGCUGCAGACCCAGGGCCAGGCCCCUGGCGCCAACAUGGCCCGCCGCUCCCAGAGCUCCUCGCAGGGGGACAACCCACUGGCUCCUGGGUACCUGCCACCUCACUACAAAGAGUACUACCGCCUGGCGGUGGACGCACUGGCUGAGGGCGGGCCUGAGGCCUACAGCCGCUUCCUGUCGUCCGAGGGGGCACCUGCCUUCCUGUGCCCUGAGGAGCUGGACCACGUGAGCCGCCACCUGCGGCCCCCGCAGCAUGUGGCCCUUGAUCCACCGGAAGGCAGCCCUCCCAAUGUGGACAUGGAUGGCUCCUCAGGCACCUACUGGCCCGUGAACUCCGACCAGGCAGUGCCCGAGCUCGACCUAGGCUGGCCCCUGACUUUCGGCUUCCAGGGCACUGAGGUGACCACACUGGUGCAGCCACCGCCGCCUGACAGCCCCAGCAUCAAGGAUGAGGCUCGAAGGAUGAUCCGCUCUGCCCAGCAGGUGGUGGCAGUGGUGAUGGACAUGUUCACUGAUGUGGACCUGCUCAGUGAGGUGCUGGAGGCUGCCUCGCGCCGCGUCCCGGUCUACAUUCUCCUGGAUGAGAUGAACGCACAGCACUUCCUAGACAUGGCCGACAAAUGCCGUGUCAACCUGCACCACGUGGACUUCCUGCGCGUGCGCACUGUGGCAGGCCCCACCUACUACUGCCGCACCGGGAAGUCCUUCCAGGGCCAUGUGAAGGAGAAGUUCCUCCUGGUGGACUGUGCCGUGGUGAUGAGUGGGAGCUACAGCUUCAUGUGGUCCUUCGAGAAGAUCCACCGCAGCCUGGCGCACGUGUUCCAGGGCGAACUGGUCUCCAGCUUCGAUGAGGAAUUCCGCAUCCUCUUCGCACAGUCCGAGCCGCUGGUGCCCUCGGCGGGGGAGCUGGCCCGCAUAGACGCCUACGCCCUGGCUCCAUACGCGGGGGGCGGGCCCCUCAUGAGCGGCCAGGUGGCCGGGGUACCGACCCCCUUCUUCUCCAAACGAGCGCACCUCCUGUUCCCACCGCCUCGGGAAGAGGGUCUGGGGUUCCCCUCCUUCCUCGACCCCGACCGCCACUUCCUGUCGGCCUUCCGCCGGGAGGAGCCACUGCGGAUGCCCGGGGGCGCCCUGGAGCCUCACGCGGGGCUGCGGCCGCUGUCGCGGCGGCUGGACGCCGAGACGGGACCAGGCGGGGAGCUCGCGGGCCCGCGGGGCUUCUUCCAGGCGCGGCACCUGGAGAUGGACGCCAUCAAGCGGCACAGCUACGCGGCCGCCGACGGCACGGGCGCGGUGGAGAACUUCGCGGCCGCGCGGCAGGUGUCGCGGCAGACGUUCCUCAGCCACGGCGACGACUUCCGCUUCCAGACCAGCCACUUCCACCGCGACCAGCUCUACCAGCAGCAUUACCAGUGGGACUCGCAGCUCGCGCCAGCGCGCCCGCAGGGCCUGUUCGAGAAGCUACGUGCCGGCCGCCCGGGCUUCGGCGACCCCGACGACUUCGCGCUGGGCGCUGGGCCCCGCUUCCCCGAGCUCGGCGCGGACGGACACCAGCGGCUGGACUACGUGCCGUCCGGCGCUUCGCGCGAGGUGCGCCACGGCUCGGACUCCAACUUCGGGCCCGGCCUCCGCGGCCUGGCCCCCGGCGGUGCCCCACGCCCCAGCCUGAGCCAGCGCUUCCCGUGCCAGGCAGCGGCGAGGCUGGGCCCCGAGACCGCGCCCGAGGCAGAGCCGGAGCGCAGGGGCGGGCCCGAGGGGCGGGCCGGGCUGCGGCACUGGCGCCUGGCCUCCUACCUGAGCGGCUGCCACGGCGACGAUGCGGGCGACGAGGGCCUGCCCGCGCCCAUGGAGGGCGAGGCCUACGAGGACGACGUGCUGGGGGCCGGGGGCCGGGGGGCCGGCGGGGACUUACUCCCUUCGGCCUUCCGCGUGCCCGCGUCCUUCCCGGCCAAGGGCCCAGUGCCCGGCUCUGGCAGCGGUGGCGGCGAGGGCCCAGAGCGCGAGGGUCCAGAGGAGGCAGGCCUGGCCAAGCAGGACGCUUUCCGCUCGCGCCUGACCCCGCUGAUCCAGCGCAGCUCGCGGCUGCGCUCCUCGCUCAUCUUCAGCUCGACGCAGGCGGAGGGCGCGGGCGGGGCCGCGGCGGCCACCACCGAGAAGGUGCAGGUGCUGCACAAGGAGCAGGCCGUCAGCGAGAUGCUGGGCCCCGGCGGCGAGGCCGUGCGCUCCUCCGCCUCCGCCAAGGUCGCCGAGCUCCUGGAGAAGUACAAGGGCCCGGCACGUGAUCCCGGCGGGGAGGGGGCCGCAGUCACCGUCGGCAGCCAUAGCAAGGCUGUCGUGUCCCAGGCGUGGCGGGAAGAGGCGGCAGCGCCAGGCGGCGCGGCGGGCGAGCGCCGCAGCCUCGAGAGCUGCCUGCUAGACCUGCGCGACUCCUUCGCACAGCGGCUGCACCAGGAGGCCGAGCGGCAGCCGGGAGCUGCCACGCUCACUGCCACCCAGCUGCUCGACACGCUAGGCUGGAGUGGCGCCGAUCGGGUGCCCUCCCGCCUCCUCUCCGCCCAGGGCCGCUCCACCUCCCCGCAAGGGCGGGACAGUCCCCCGCCGGAGGGACCCGGGGCGCACCAGGCGUCCCACUCUGAGCCAAAAGACAGCCGCACCUCAGCCUACCCCGAGCGGAAGGGGAGUCCCACUCCUGGGUUUCCUGCUCACAAAGGUAGCCCAACCGCAGGAUUGACUGAGCAGAAGGGGAGCCCCACCUCAGCCUACCCGGAGCGCAAGGGGAGCCCCACCUCGACUUACCCCGAGCACAGGGGGAGCCCGUUGCCUCCCGUGCCGGAGCGCAGGAGCAGCCCAGUGCCCCCGGUGCCGGAGCGCAGGGGCAGCCUUACUCUUACCUUCUCCGGGGAGUCUCCGAAGACUGGGCCCGCGGAGGAGGCGGCUGGCGGCCCCAUGGAGGUCCUGCGCAAGGGCUCCCUGCGCCUUCGGCAGCUGCUGAGUCCCAAGGGCGAGCGUCGCGCAGAAGGUGAGAGCGGCUUCCCAGCACCACAGGAGAACGGGCAGCCGGAGAGCCCCCGGCGGCCCUCCCUGGGCCGGGGUGACAGCACAGAGGCUGCCACAGGAGAGGAGCGGGGCCCGCGGGCACGCGUGGUCUCAGCCACGGCCAAUGCCUUGUACAGCAGCAACCUGCGGGAUGACACGAAGGCCAUUCUGGAGCAGAUCAGCGCCCACGGCCAGAAGCACCGUGGAGUCCCCGCCCCCGCCCCGGGUCCAGGCCCCACCCACAGCAGCCCUGAGCUAGGCCGCCCACCAGCUGCCGGGGGUCUGGCCCCUGAUAUGUCCGACAAGGACAAAUGUUCGGCCAUCUUCCGCUCUGACAGCCUGGGGACACAAGGCCGGCUGAGCCGCACACUGCCAGCCAGCGCAGAGGAGCGCGACCGGCUGCUCCGCCGCAUGGAGAGCAUGCGCAAGGAGAAGCGCGUCUACAGCCGCUUUGAGGUCUUCUGUAAAAAGGAGGACGCUGGCGGCCUGGGGACAGGGGAGAGCCCGGCGGAGGAGGACGCCAGGGACAGCAAGGUGGGCAAGUUCAUGCCCAAGAUCCUGGGUACGUUCAAAAGCAAGAAGUGAGUCUCCUGGCCCACCAGCCCAGGUCGGGGUGCCUGCAUCACUGCCACUCAUCACGCAGAGCACCUGGCCCUCAUGCCAAAGCAGUUAGGAACCCGGCUGAGCACAGCCAGAGCUCGGCUCCACCUGUAGUGACCUGGUGGACACCCUGCCUGUCGCUCCUCGGCCUCUCUGCCCUAGGGGCUCCAGCCCCUCAG